ACACAAUCAGUAGCACACAGUAGCUGCAAUAGCAGUAGUUUUGUCUAGUCAGCCUCCGAGCUGGGCUCGCAGGUUUCGCAGUACGCAUAAUGAUCCAUGACGAAAAUGAUCUGAGCAUUAAACAAUCAGUGGAUAUUUUACUCAAGCGCUUGUUAAAAUUUAAGCUUAAUCAUAACUAGUGCUAGAUAGUUUAGUGAUAAUGUGCUAACACCGUGAACUACUGGUCUUUGACAAACACUUGAUAAUAGUAUUUCAUAAUCAAUCAGAAUGGUUGAGAAAGUGCGCCAAAAGCAAGCGCAGCGCCCCGAAGAUGGUUUCGCCACCAUCAAUGAAAAAGCAGUGGAUGAAAUCUCCUUGGACUUCUUCUACAAACCGCAUACCAUUACAUUACUGGCGAUUUCAAUCUCCAUCGUUAUCCAGACCGCAUUUGUUAGGGACACCACCAAUAUCGAGAACAACAUCUGGGCUGGCAUGCUGUGUUGCGUCUUCUUUUUCCUGCUCAUUUCGCUGCUGGCGUUCCCAAAUGGACCGUUUAUUCGCCCGCAUCCUGCUGUUUGGCGAAUUGUCUUCGGCCUCAGCGUGUUGUACCUCCUGGCGAUGUUAUUCUUCCUCUUCCAGGACUAUCAAACCGUACGGCAUAUAAUUCUAUGGCUGGAUCCGAAUCUGGCGAAUUUUCAUAUUGAUCAAGAGAAGGAAUAUGCUGUGAAUUGUUCCGAUGUGACUUUUGAACGCGUCUGGUCACACAUGGAUGUGUUUGCCGUUGGGCAUUACCUUGGAUGGAUAUUCAAAGCUAUUUUAAUUCGACAUAUGGGUAUUUUAUGGUCGAUUAGUUUCAUGUGGGAGAUUACAGAGAUUGCGUUCGCGCAUCUUUUGCCUAACUUUAAAGAAUGCUGGUGGGAUGCUUUACUGCUAGAUGUUGUUCUAUGCAAUGGUUUUGGCAUCUGGUGCGGGUUGAAAAUCUGCAAGAUAUUAGAAAUGCGUGAAUAUCGCUGGGUGAGCAUUCGUGACAUACACACCACCACAGGAAAGAUAAAACGCGCCAUGUUGCAAUUCACCCCGGAGAGUUUUACGUCGGUAAGAUGGCUGGAUCCGAAAUGCUCGUACAUGCGUAUUGUUGCGCUGUGCCAGUUGGUUAUUUUCUGGCAGACUACCGAGUUGAAUACGUUCUUCCUCAAGCAUAUUUUCGAAAUGCCGGCGUCACAUCCCUUCGUCAUCGGGCGGCUCAUCCUCGUUGGCGUGAUUGUCGCGCCAUCUGUACGCCAGUAUUACAGUUAUAUCACGGAUACAUCAUGCAAGCGCGUUGGAACGCAAUGUUGGGUUUAUGGAUGUAUUAUGGUGUCUGAAGCGCUGCUUUGUAUCAAACACGGCAGGGAGUUGUUUGAGCGCACGCAAGCUAUCAAUAUUAUUGUCUGGUUGAUCAUUCAGCUGGGCAUUACGAUCAUUUUCAUGUUUGGAUGUGUCGUGUGCGAUAAAUACAAACGAAUCGAACGCGAGAGUCGAGAAAACAGUCCGCGCAAGAAUCCCGUCAAAGAAGAUUGAUGUUAGGCUAUAACGCUGCUAGUGAAUUGACUUUGAAUGUACAAAGCGUGCCAUUUGCGAACAAGCCGGUUUAUAUUUUCCGCAAAACUAUCGCGAUAGUUACCAAAAAGAAUAUGUAUGACUUAAACGUAUGAUUAAUUUAAGGCAACGCACCAAAUGUGUAUUUUUGCAAAUGUUUUAUUAUGUUUUGCGGUUGCCUUUGUUUUUCAUCGCAUUUAUUUCGAAAUAAAAAUUUAAUUCGACGUUGUAA